AUUAGGAGAGCGCCGCUGCUGCUCCACGUGCUUGAGUAAAUCCUGGACUGUGUUGUGAGGUUCCUGCUCCUCACCCGAUUCGGAUCUCUUCACCAUGGGCCGUUUCAACCUUGUUAUGCUGCGCUAUCUCACGCGGGAUGAUUUCCGUGUUCUCACGGCUGUGGAGAUGGGGAUGAAGAACCACGAGCUGGUUCCAGCGUCCUUAGUGGCGGUCAUCGCUCGAUUGAAACACGGAGGCUGUCACAAGCAUCUACAGGAACUCUGUAAACAGAAACUGCUUUCAUACGAGAGAGGACGUAAAUACGAUGGAUAUCGGCUCACCAACUUGGGAUACGAUUAUCUAGCACUGAAGACACUAUCAUCACAAGACAUCGUCAACUCGGUUGGUAACAAAAUCGGCGUCGGUAAGGAGUCGGACAUCUACCUCGCGGCCGACGAGGAGGGCAAAGAGAUGGUCCUGAAGAUACACAGGCUCGGCCGUACUUCGUUCAGAAAAAUUAAGGAGAAACGGGAUUAUCAUCUGCAUCGGAAGAGUUCAUCAUGGCUCUACCUCUCGCGCUUGGCAGCGGUGAAAGAGUUUGCUUUCAUGAAGGCUCUGCACGAGCGUGACUUUCCUGUCCCGAAACCAAUCGCCUUCAAUCGCCACUGCGUCAUCAUGGAACUCAUCCAGGGACAAACGAUGUGUAACGUACGGGAACUAAACGAUCCCGAGUUACUGUACGGGAAACUCAUGGAUCUCAUCGUGAGUUUGGCGAACGCUGGACUAAUCCAUGGUGACUUCAACGAAUUCAACAUAAUUUUAACCGAGGACGAGGAGCCGAUCAUCAUCGAUUUCCCUCAAAUGGUUUCAACCACUCAUGCCGAUGCGGAGUUUUACUUCGAUCGGGAUGUGCAAUGUGUUCGUGAAUACUUCCGUAAACGGUUCGCUUUUGAAAGCGAUACCUACCCCAAAUUCCAUGAAGAUGUUGAGCGUCAAGACAACCUCGACAUCGACACUGAGGCCUCUGGCUUCAUGAAGAAUAUUCGAGACCAGAUUCAGGGUGCAAUAGAGAUAUCAGAGGAAGGAAUAGCCGGAGCUACCGACGACUCGGGCGAUGACACAGAUGGAGAUGACGAGGAAUGCGGAGACGCUCCAGCUGAUGAAAGAGAAGAGAACCGAUACUUGCAACGGUCCAUCAUGGAGAGGUUCCUCGGCGUCGACGAUAUUUCCACCGUGGAAGUCGACGGGGAUAGGAAGCUGCAGCCCCCGGCCACGGACGAGGAUUCAGUCACGUCACCCGCAGACUUCCCCGCAUCGGUGAUGCCGCAACGUGAAGAUGUAGCCGUGAACAGACACUUGGCGCAGUCCAUAGCCACCAGCUGUACAAUAAGUCCUGAAGAUAUUCGAGCGAGAACGAAGAAACAAUUGCAGCAGAAGAAAAACAGGGACGCGUACAAGAAAUCUCUGGUUGUGAAAGGAGAGUCAUCAGCUGUGACUAGAUCUCGGAGAGACAACAGAGACGUCGUCAAACAGUAUGCGGGUUGGGAAGAAUUCUAGUUUCCCCUCCCUGUCUGAGAG